CCCUUGAGUUCCAGGGAAGUCCGGCAUGAGGCCAACCCUUCUGUAUUUCUCCUUGUGGACCUGGGACAGGCAGAGGGGUCUGACUUGGUCUCCUCCUGAUUUUCUUCCCAGCACCUGCGGCGAGCUGCUCUGGGCCAUCAUCACCUCGCCGUACUGCAGCAGGGAUGCAGUCCUGUCCCUGCUCCUGGCCAAGGAGAAGGAGGGCCCUUGGCUGCCUCAAGGAGAGGAACAGUCCACGCAUCCUCUUCCCGCAGCUAUGGCCAGAGCGACGAGGCUCAUCGGGAGGAUCGUCCGGUCCGAGGAGUGUCCCAUGGUGCUGGAGGCUUGGUUCCCUGAAGUUCUGCUCUGCCUGGUGGAUACCAUCAUGACAGGCGCCAGGCAGCAGAAUACAUCAGCCCAAGGAGCGGACCAUCUGCCUCCGGAGGAGAUGGUUGACACCAUCCAGGUGCUGCUAGCCAGGGUGGCACACCUGACCCUGGAAGAGAGCUGCAGGGAGAUGCUGUGCCGCCCCAGCUGCUGCCUCCAGGGCAUGGCCACGUUGGUGACGGCCCUAACAGAGACCUCCCCCUCCGCCACAUGCGCCCUCCAGAGACAUCUAAGUUCUGUCCUGGAGAAGGAAGAGGCAAAGGAGCAUUUGGCUGCAGUGGUGGCCUUCUUUGUUGAGCUGCUGGCUAAUUACAAGAGCCAAGCUCCCUUAGAGAAGAUCUGGAAGCUCCUCAUGGCUUGGCUGGAACACCCCAGCCAGACCAUUCGCCAGCUGAGCAGGAAGGGCCUUCUCCACCUCUGCAAGAACUACAAGGUGGUAAGUGGCCCUCGCCCACAGGGGAUAGACAAAUGCUGAGCUCCUCCGCUUCGGGAACAAUGGUAGAAAUGGUUAGGUUUGUCUUCUCUCUUUCAUUGGAGGAGAGU